AUGAGUAGUGAAGGUGUGUUUGCAGUCAGCAUGGGUUACACCUUUACUACAAUACUUAUUUUAGGAAUGUGGACCAUUGAUAUUGACAGUUCAGAGAAGACUCAAAUCCCUCAACACUUGUUGGAAUGUUAUCAGAGUCCUCCUCCUUUUCUUCUGCCAAUGAAUUUAGAAACAAUGAUAGAAAUUAUGAGGAAAAUAAGUUCCGGUUAUUACACCCCGACAAGUUUAAAUCAACAAAUAUCAGAUGUCCUGAACUGGUUUAGCAUUGACGGAUUAGAGAGGAGUCCAAAUGUUGUGAAUAUUAAAAAUGUCAUUCCCUUCAGCAGAAGUGGCUUUCAAGCUCUGAAGCAGGACUUGUUGUUUGAAAGGUUGAUUCCAAUUCAGCGGAGAGCUUUUGAGGCAUAUUCACUUUCACAAUCUGAGAAGUGCACCUUCCACCUGAUGUUGUCAACUUCGGUUAACUAUUGGCAGAGAGGAGACGAAGCUAAGAUCUGCCCAGAGUCUCCUCAACAGUUCAGGAACAUGUCAGCUGACGGAAGUGGAGGUGCUGGAAUGUACAGUGUGUGUCCUAUAGAGACAGGGGUUGUACUAACACCAGCUGGCUCAGUGAAUGUUGGUAGACUACUGACUGCUAUGUUGGCAGCACUGACACCCCAGCAGAUCCCACUAUCACAGCUGUUGACAACAGAACAGCUGAUCUUGUGUCGUCUGCUACCUACUGACACUAUCAACAACGUCUGGGCUGCUACACUUGCAGGCGAUUUGGCAGAAGCUGCAGUAGAGCAGAGUCCAUUGUAUGAAAUGAAUGUCAAAAUUAGGAUUCCGGGGCGCUGGAACAACACACAGAUUCCUACCCACUUUUAUUUUGACAAAGUGCCAUUUGACAUUAUUGACAAACACCAGUGGCAAAUAACUGAUGCUGAAAUAUUAGGUGGAAUAGAUGGACUCCUACUAGGACGAAAGGUGCAGAAGCCAGGAAUCUCCGAGACUAAUACCCAGCAAUUGUCACAGGUUUUGGAAAUGUAUUACUCUAACUCAACUGUGACUGAAGAUCACGUUUGCAAGCGGAAAUCUGCUUUUAACAAUCUCAUGGAAAGAGAUAAAAACACUUUAACUGAACAGACUAUACGAUUUGCUGCAUUAUUAAGUCUUAAAAUAACAACCUACUUUACCGACAGUUCAAUAAUGGCUUAUCGCUGCAUCAACGCUGUCGGAAGAUUCUUACAUUAUUAUUCUCAUUUGCUUGGGGAUCGAACCUGCCCAAGGGAAGGAACAAUAGUUCCAAGAAUCAAUUUAUUCGUAAUUCUCGAUGCAACGUGGCCUCCUUAUUCUACACUUCAAUUUCUAAUGUUGCUGAUACAAAACUUUGACAUUAGCUAUUAUGGAGGAAGAAUCACCGUAAUAAAUGGAGACUCUGCACUAGUUAGAGUCAAUUCAACAUCAAAUCCCUCAACGUUAUACCAAAAUAUGUACUUGGGGAGUCAAAAUGACCCUAAGGAACUCAGAUUGCACAACUCAUUCACUGCUUUGAAAGAUGUUUUGGAAGUUGAAAACGAAAGAGAAAAAACAUCUCCUUAUCCAAGGAGCUCCAAGCAGAAUGUUGUGGUGGUUUGUGGAUACUCCUCUACAAUCCGAGACAAGGAUAUGUACUAUGCUGAGGAUAUUUUAACAUUAGUAAAAUCUCGAAAUCCAGAAGUGCAGUUUGUUUACGUAGCAAGCACAGUUAAUGCAGGUAGAUUUCAACAGUUUCUGAAAAUUGGUGGAGUAAGCAGCUCAGAUGAAGUUAUCUCCUCUGAAGAUUCCGCAAUGGGAAAUAUUGUCAACCGUAUAAAGUCAGCUGUAAGAUCAGAUAGAUCCCUAAAGCCAGCAUAUUGUACAAACAAACUCCUACAUCAGUGGCCUGAAGUCUGGUACAACGAAUACAUCACUCCAAGACAAACACAUGUAUUUUGGAUUCAUCCUGAUUACUUUUAUAGAUCUCUGGACAUUGUGAAGAUUAAUUUCAAGACCUACAAUUCAGGAGAGUUGAGAGUGUGUAUGUCGCGGGGAGCGCAGAAAGGAGACUGCAAGAAUGUCGUGUCAGAUUCAGAAGUGACCCAUGCUGUGUUGAGGCCGUGUGGUGCUUCUUGUGAACCUCUCUACUUUACUGUCAACGUGCUGAAGACUCACAACACGUGUACAGAGAGUGAGUGCCGAUUCCUUAGCCAAGUGAAGUUCAGCAUUAUAGUGCAGGAUCUCCACUGUAUCAAGCUUAACGCUGACAUCCACUCUAUGGCUCAUGUCCAUUUCUCAUUGUAUACUGUUGGCCGAUCUCUGAUGUUUGUUUUGUCUACUUUGAUUGUAUAUUUCAAACAUUCUUUACUAGGUUAUGAAUACUGA